AGACUAUGAAGACAUUGAUAUUACUGCUGUUAUUCAUGGUCGGCUCGGGUUCAGCCCAAGUGCAGCAGAUGCUCGGAGCCCAAGUGAAGAUCACCGGCAUGCCGUUUGCCGUAUCAAAUGCACAGCAACUCAAUACAAUAGUGUGGACGAUGCUUGGAACCACAACAAAAGAGACUAUUUACUGUGUCUCGGAAGCUCCAGUCAGCCAGCUGCGAUUUGUCUGUACUGACUGCCUGGAAAAGAACAUCACCGACAUGGCAAAUGUGCUGAACUCAGCGCAGGACCACACCCGAAGCGCUGGCUUUCCGACUGUUGCUCUAAGUAAUGUGGCUGUCAACACGAACUGGACAGGAGCGACAAUCAUGUGUCAAGCAGCUCUCAACGGAGGAACCGUCGACUCGCAAUCAGCAACGGUAGAGGUCCGGUAUCUACGUCAACCGCACGUUGUUGACGCAAGUGGCCAAGGUCCGGUACUAAUUGGCGGUCAAGGCUACCGAUUCUACGUUGAAUGCGUUCGCGGAGCCGAUGGGCUUUGUCAACAAAGCGGACGACGGAAAACUCUACGCUGCGCCGUUCAGUCUCAUCCACCUGCAACUGUGUUCCGGUGGCUGAAGAAUGGAGUGGUCACAAGUGGAAACGGUGCCGAAAUUACGAUCGGUACGGAGAUGAUCGGGCAGAGCAUUCAGUGCCAGGCUAAUAACGGUCUCUACUCGGACACCGAAAUGGCCACCAGCCAAGCCGUCCAAAUUGACCCCUACUCAUCGGCUCGAUUGGUCCAGGAUAACUUCGCAACGCUUCAAUCGGCGGCUCCGUUCCAGGCUGGUAAUCGUCUGGAAAUGAAUCAGCAGAUUAACCUCGGCUGUCAGGUGGAGGGUAAUCCUCGUCCCAUCGUGUUCUGGAAGCUGCGCAGAUCGAAUGGGCAGGUUGUCGAUGCCCCUUGUGCUCAAGGAUACGAGGGACAAUACCAAGAGGUCAACGAAUCGCCACGAGAUCGACCUAUCCCACCGAAUGUUGUGCGCCUCAACGCCAUCUGCUCGUUCCGCGUUUCGAAUUACUCCCUGUCCGGGCAGUACUGGUGCUCAGCUUGCUCCUUUGUCAGUCAGGGAGCUCCAGAAUGCUCACCAGCUCUCGAAACUCCUGGAACGAGCACACUCACCAUUCAAGUUAUUGGACCCCCCAUGCAGUCGGAUGCGCCCCCAACCAUCGAGCAGUCUCCUGGUAGCAACAACGCUCAGAUUACGGUUCAUUACUGCGCAGAGCCGAUGCCAAGGCCACCACGGGAAGUAAUCUACAGCAUCGAUAAAAAUGAUCUACAGGUUGGCCAAUCUUGGGAGAACUUCAAAUUUGAAAGCACAACACUAAACAAUACCGUAUCAAACUGCUAUCUUGCUCGGUUAAACAUCAAUCCUGUGAGGCAAGAGGAUCAAUACCGAAAUAUUGAAUUGCGAUUGCAAAACCAGUACGGAAGCAAACAGAUCCAAGUUCCAAUGGAAGCGCUUCUAGGUGAGGGUACGGCUAGUAGCUCGAGGAUUUCUGGAUGGUGGAUUGCCUUAUUUAUUCUGAUAGCUCUCUGUUUGGCUCUGAUCUGUUGUAUCACAUUGUGUGUGAGACGGGGUGUAUUAUGUUUCAACAGAGUGAAAGAGCAAACAGACUAUAACGAACCGAAGGCGAAAGCAAAUCUGAACGUUCGUGAAAACUUUUACGAUGCCGAUGCUCCACGGCUGUACACACCACAAUCUGUCGAGAAUAGCCCGUACGACCUAGCCGUGCAAGCCGCCUACUGCGACUCCCGCAUGUCUUCUGUAUAAUAAGGCAGGCAGCUACCGCGAAGGUGUCAACUUUACUGAAAUGCAUCUGACGGGUCAGCCAGUGGUGCCUCCACGAACGUUGCCACCUCCUCGUCCGCUCCUACCGCAACCGUAUACGUCGUCCGUUCAGUCCGUAGUCUGAGAGUCUGAUUGUGUCUCUUAGAGACACGCGUUUGCAGCUAUUCUAGCGAGUCCCGUUCGAGUUCUCACGUGGAUUUCGUUAAUUGCAACACUGCCAGGCGUUUCGCGUACGUUACGCGCGCCAUUAGCAAUUAUUUUUCUUUUCUUCCACGGGUUUCGCUUCGGUUGGUGGUAGAGAACGGGGAAUCGCUUUGCAUAUCUACCUAUGAGCCAUUUCGUUCUCGUCCGCCAUCACCUCUGCACUGCUCAAAAAGAAAAUCACAACGAGAUUUGAAUUAGGCAAAUUAAAUGAGCCAGUCGAUUACCCGAAACCUCACACCAAGCUUAGAGAAAACCCUUGCAAAAACCAUGACCCACUGUGCCUUCACUUUCGCUCGUAGUUUUCCAUUCAGGAAUCUGUUUAUAUCAUUAUUGUGACUUAAUCGCUGUGAAAUUAGCAUUGCCGUCAUUUUUAUGCUGUAAUUUGCUCUAUAUGCGAUAGUAAUCGUGUCAUACGCAGGCGUACGAAGGUUUGAUCUCGUUUACAUCCUAACAGCUUCUUCUAUUUCUCAUCACAAGAUCACAACCAUACGUACAUAAUCAUCCAUUUUAUACACCUACGACUCUGAUUUUACCCCUGUCACAUUCGGGUUGAGGUGACCAAAAUCGCCGCUGUGCAUUCAUUUUCCGUUGUGCUGAUAUGUUCCACUUUUUUCUUCUCAUCAUUCUUUGAUUGCAUUUGCAUCUCCAUUGGUUGCUAGUUUGUGAAAUUUCUAUUUUCUUCUCAUAAUUUCGAUGCUCCAUACAGGUGCCUCGUUGAAUCUGUACGUUUUUAGGGUUAUAUUUUUCCUCACUUUUGUGAGGUUUGUAUCAUUG